AGAACAUGUUUUGAAUGUAAAUACCAACAUAGAACGCUGUUCAAACAUGAUGAAAUGCGAAUGUACUAGUACUUUUAGUAGCAUUUGAUUUAAAUAAUUAUUGGAGCAUUGCGUAGUUGCUAGGUCUCCAAUAAUUUGAUGAUGAAUUAGAAAAGUGUAAUCAGCCAAAUGGCAUCAUUGGAAAAAGAGGCGUCAAAGACUACGAUGCCUGAUGGUUGGAGCGUCCCACCCAUUGUUCCAACAUUAACAAUGGGCAGCAAUGCUGCUGAGUUGCCUCGCCUUGCACGGGAAACUGAGCUUCAUAAGAUGCUGGCAGAUGAGAAGAUGCGAAGUGAGCGGCACAAAACCAAUUAUCAGACCUUGAAAACAGAACAUCAAAGAUUGCAGAAUGAACAUGUCCAACUUCAGCAUGAAGUAACAAGUAAUCUCGAAAAACACAGCAGAGAGGCAGAGGAAUCUAAGAGAGAGAUCGAAAAACUCAGGAAGAAUUUGACUGAGAGCAAUGUUGAAAACACUCGGUUAAAAGCUCAGGCUGUGACACCGGAAAGGCUUGAGCUAAUCAAAGGAAACCUGAAGGAUGAGCUGGAGGAACCGUACAAGGUGCGAUGCUCACAGCUGGAGAAGGAGCAGGAUAGGUGGCGCACUGAGUGCAACAAGCUUCGCUACGAAUUGUCGUUCCUGAAGUCUGAGUACGAGCAUCAGCAGGCUGAACAUCAACGAGUCAUCGAAGAGAUGAAGAUGCGUCACGGUGCGGAGGUAGGCGGCCUGCGUAAGGACAGGGAGGCGUGGACGUCACGGCGGUCGGUCGACACAAGCCACGACGCGCAGCGCGUGCGAACUCUCCAGCGUGACAAUGCCCAACUACAUCUGAAGGUCAAAGGAUUACUGACGGAGUUGGAAGAGAUAAAUGCACAGCGUGAGCACAUGGGACUACAGUCUAGCCAUGUUGCUAGGUUGCAGGCGAAGCAAGUAUCAGAGUACAUUGGCAAUAUCAAGACCCUGCAGACAGAGAAGGAAUCCCUGCAGAUGCACGUCGAACGGCUACAGGCAGAGGUCGCCUCUGUACACGAAACACACGAGCAGCUACAUACGAAGUUGCACGAGUUGGAAAAGGAGCUGGCAAACACAAGACAUAGGCUGGAGCAACUAGAGCACGAUAGCAAGCUAGAGGUGGCAAACCUGCGCAUGGAGAACCUGAGGCAGCAAGGAAGCCUACAGACCGAGUGUGAUGCUCUUUCCAACAAUCUAGAAGGCGUGACAGGAGAACUGGAUGUUGCCCGACAAUCGCUGGCAAUGCAGAAGCAGCAGCUAGUGGAGAAGGAGAGGGAGGCUGAGAGAAGGGUGCAGGCCACUCAGGAGGAGAGCUGGAGCAAGGUUGCACAGCUGGAGAAUGACAAGUUGGACCUUGAGAGCAAGUUGCAGGAGGCUGAGAGGAGGAGGGUCGAUGCUAGCCAGACAGCCUCUUCCUCACAUGAUAAGGCAGAGAAGCUUGAGGAGCAGUACCGCAGGGAGAGGCAGCAGCAGGAGAAGGAAUGCUCAGCAUUGAGGGAUCGAGAGAAGCGGCUCCAGCUAUCGAUUUCCAAACUGGAGCAGGAAAUAAGAGACCACCAGGGGGCGCAGCAUCGGAUCACGCAGCUGGAGACGGAACUGCGAGACCUUCACACAUCCGAGGAUGACCUUGCAGCGGCCAACAGGACCCUCAAGGGCACCAUCGCCCGACUCAACGCCGAAUUGAAGUCGGCUGCGGAGGAGGUCAUGCGAAUUAGGGACACUGCUGAGCAGGCUGCACGGCAGCAUCACGCGGGCUGGGAGGCCGAGAAGGGGGAGUGGCGCAAGAGGGUGGAAGAUCUGGAGUCACAGAUAUCACAGCUGCACGAACGCUACAACUCGCUAACGUCCGAGAAUAAGCAGAAGAAGAAGAAAUACGUGAAGCUGGUGAAACACCUGCGUGAGAAACUGGAGCUGGUAGAGGCGAAGAAGGAGGAGCUAGAGAUUCACAACAGCGCCCUCAAACAGAGCGUCCCUCAGGAGGAGCAUCUGCAUGUGAAGAAGCAGCUGCGAGACAUCCAACGUCGCCACGGAGAAUUUCGCGGAAUCUUGCUCUCGUCCUUGCCGCUCGGCGACCAAACGUUUGUUCCGUUUGUCACCGACCUUGAAGCUCCGUUACACAGCUUCAGCCAGCAGGAGCAGCAGCAUCAGCAAGACCUUGACAUUCUACAGCAGAGGUUGGAUGCUGUGGAGGAGGCUCAACAUGUGCAGGCCAAACAGUUGCGAGUGGAUGGAAUCUUGGCAAGUGCCACGAGCAAGCUACCAGCAGAUAGCCAGCCUGUGGAUGACAGCAAGGAAGAUACUGACGAGUCUAUUGAGGGAUCGUCAUGACACACGUCUCGGUCGCAAACGCACGAUUAAACAAAUACUCUCCAACGAUAAUUAUUGCUACCGGCUGCUAUAGACUGGCAAGCAAUCAUGUUAUUUCCUCAAGGGCUGCGGGUGGGUAUUAUUUUUUGAGGUACGUUAUGUGAGUACGAACUUUGGUUUUCCUUAUCAACUAAUAAGGGGCGAUCACUGUUCCGACUGUGCUAAUGUUCUAGUGUAAUUGACGUGGGCGUAAAGAAUGUGUUCUGGUAGUUAAUAUCAAAGUAUAAAGUAUUUACUACCUUUUUAUUACCUGUGAAUCAUAUCUUGAAAUGCAGGUACAUCUCAAUUUACUGCAUCUAUGGCCCAGGUGCAUAUUUAAUAUAGCAUAUAUCUGAAUGAAUUGUACGCAGAAAAAUUGUAUGUAUACAUGUUGUAUUUCUGGUUCCCUGCCCCAUCAGUAGGCAGUGUCAACUUUUUGUACGGUAGAGUGGAGAUCUUAAUUUUUAUAUGCAUGCAAAAUAAACCUACUGUCUUCCUACCUAAAA